CAGCCCACAAAAUCACCGUCAAGAUUUCAACAACUUCCCGCUGCAUCAGGUUGAUUUAUACUCGUAUUUAGCAUUCUUGUUUAUUUGUUUUUGUUUUGACCACUUUCGUUUGCGGCAUUGAGUUUUGCUUACAAUAUUUCCAAUUUCUGAUUGAAUCUCGUCACCUUCGUAACAAAGCUUGGUUCAGUUAGUUCAAUUUCAACGACACAGUUCGACAUUAUACCAUGGAUCCACGUUACACUGGAGAAAUAUUGAAGCAUUUGGAGAAACAGAAUGAGCUUCUUACUGAGGUCCACGGAUCAAUGUCUCAUGAAUUGCAUGAACUUCAGGUUGAGGAAGAGAUGUUGAUGCGUAAAUUUUAUGAGCUUAUGACUGCACAGGGUCUAAAUAAAAAGAAAGAAGCCACUGUUAAUGUUUCAGAUGAUGGUGAAGAGGGAAACUCCACUGCUUUAGUUUGUUUAACUAGCAAUGAUCAACAGUGAGGAUGUCAAGUUUGUUCAGUUUUAAUCUAUUGUUUCAAAUUUUGUUAAUAUGAGUUUUUGCCGCUUCAAUUUGGGCUUCAGCAGUGAAAGAGUUUCAGGAUUCUUUAUUCGCUUGUAAGCACAUAUUAAUUGUAUAGGAGCUUUAGUUUCAUUUUUCAACAGAGAGAAUGUUUGUUACAAGGAAUGGCUUGUUAAAUUGAGGAUGUAAAUAUGCAUUUUUGAGUAUACCUGUGG